AGUACAAGUAGCCAGGAGUACAGGAAGAGAAGAAGAAAGGAAAGACCUGGUGUAUAAGAGAGAGAGAGACGACAACCACCAAGGAAUCUAAAAUAUGUAUUUCCUCCCAGAUUUCUCAAAGGAGACAUGGAUUCUGUUAGUAAUGCUACUGGCACUAUUCACUUACUAUGCGGUGGUACCUUACAGAGUGUUCCUAAAACAUGGAAUACCUGGUCCUAAGCCGAUGCCAUUUAUUGGAACUUUCCUGGAAAACAGAAAUGGCGUCUUUGAAUUUGACAUGGAAUGUUUCAAAAAAUAUGGAAAAGUUUGGGGGUUCUAUGAUGGUAGACAGCCAGUUCUUGCCAUUAUGGAUACAGUUAUUAUUAAAGCCGUUCUAGUCAAGGAAUGCUACAGCUUAUUCACAAACAGAAGGGAUUUUGGCUUAAACGGACCCCUAAGCUCUGCUGUAUCAAUUGCUGAGGAUGAGCAGUGGAAGAGGAUACGAACUGUCCUAUCUCCUACAUUCACCAGUGGUAAACUAAAGCAGAUGUUCCCAAUAAUACAAAAUUAUGGACAACUUUUAGUGAAGAAUGUGUGGAAGAAAGUGGGUAACAAAGAGUUUAUAGACAUGAAGCAAAUCUUUGGCAGCUACAGCAUGGACAUUGUUCUGAGCACAUCAUUCAGUGUAAAUGUGGAUUCACUGAAUAAUCCCAACGAUCCAUUUGUGGCCAAUGCAAGGAACCUUUUCACCUUCUCCUUUUUCAAUCCUCUGUUCUUAACAACACUCCUGUGUCCAUUCCUUGUUCCUGUCCUCAACAGACUGAAUUUCUGUUUUCUCCCUGUGGGUGUUCUCAACUUUUUCCAGGAUGCCAUAAAACGCAUUAAGGAAAGUCGUCAGAAAGGAAUUCACACAGACCGGGUAGAUUUCCUACAACUUAUGGUGGAUUCUCAAACCAAAGACCAAGGUGCAUCAGGGGAGGAGAGUCAUGAUUAUAAAGCGCUGACAGACUCGGAGAUUAUGGCUCAGGGACUUAUCUUCAUCAUAGCUGGUUACGAGACAACCAGCACUACACUGAUGUUCCUGUCUUACCAUCUGGCCAUUUACCCUGAUGUACAAACUAAACUUCAGGAGGAAAUUGAUACCAUUCUCCCAAACAAGGCUCCUCCAACAUACGAGGCUCUGAUGCAGAUGGAGUAUCUUGAUAUGGUGAUAUCUGAAACCUUGCGCCUGUACCCGGCAGCUGGAAGAAUUGAGCGCGUUUGUAAGAAAACAACUGAGAUCAAUGGAGUAACUAUCCCAGAAGGGGUAGUGGUAGUGAUCCCAGCAUUUGUGCUACACCGUGAUCCGGACAUAUGGCCAGAUCCAGAGGAAUUCAGACCUGAAAGGUUCAGUAAGGAGAAUAGAGAUGUACAAGACCCAUAUACCUUCCUUCCUUUUGGAGUUGGACCACGCAACUGCAUAGGGAUGAGAUUUGCUUUGAUCAACAUGAAAUCUGUCUUCACCUUACUGCUGCAGAACUUCUCUUUCCGCACUUGCAAAGACACUCCGAUCCCACUGGAAAUUGACACGCGAGGUUUCCUAAAGACAACAAAACCUGUCAUACUCAAUCUAGUGCCUAGAGACGGCCAGAAGGCAGAAGACUAGAUGGGAAGUCACCAGUGGUCGGACGUCAUGUGACUCAGGCCAACACUUUCUGAUAUCUGCACUAUGGAAUAGAAUUAGGAUAAAUUACGGGUCCUUAGGGAAACCAUAUGAAUUGCAGUUCAUAAUAUCACUCAUGAGCAAAAUGUAAUAGUAGCAGUUGUUAUUUGUUACAUAAUCCUGAAAACUGUUUUGUAAACCUCAAAUGAUCCUAAGAAAAAGCUAUUUUGGAUUAUAAAGAACUUUUGUUUUAAAAAAAAAAUUGUCAUGAAAAUAU